UAAGGGUGCCGGAAGCAGCACUGAGGACGGUGCGUCUGUCAUUUACGAGUUUUACAGAGACCAGAUCGGCAUUGCGCAAAUACAAAAGAAAUGCGCAUUCGUGAUGCAACGAUUCACGUCUUUGGCUGUAUGUGGGGAACUCGCAUUCUUGACCUGUCCUUGGAAGAGGAGUAUUGCGUCACUUAAACACGAUACCCACAGCCAACCAUGGUGGCAUCAGCGCGUGCGCCCUCAUGCCAGCUGCGCGACCUCUCCAAAGCGCGCGUGGCAUCACCUGCGCAGACCGUCUGCGCCGUCUGCUCGCCAGCUCUGCAGACAUUAUAGUAAAGAUGCGGACAGGGACACUAAGGACACUGAGCAUCCUGGCAUCACAGUGGUGGGGACCCCGGAUCCCAUCACGUGGAUCAGGAAUAAGAGUAUCUUGUUUUUAAUUGAACUGUAUUUUGGCUUGAAGUUCAGUGUGGAGUUUGACAGUGGUGUGAAACAGGCGGCAGUCCAUGUGUCUAGUAUGCUCUCCAAAGGCAAGUUUAAUGAAUUGAGAAGUGUGAUGUCAAAAGAGGCUGUUGACAGUGUCAGAAAGCAGUGUAAAACUCUGUCAGAGGCCCAACAAAGACAUCUUGCGAUUUCCCUUGAUGACAUUAUAUUUCUGCUGCCUGAGGAUGUGUCUGUAUUCUUUGACCAGAGCAGCAGAAAGUUUCUUUACAUCACGAUGAGGCUUUGGUAUCUGUCCAGCGCAGACGUACCUGAGGACCCAGAGAGCGCCCGCAUCUUCAAGAUGGACAUAACUGAAGAUGGUCCUCAAAAGAAGAUAAUCACAGCUGUGUACGAGUUUUAUCGUGAGUUGACUGCUGGCGCUGAUCCAGAGUGGACGGUGACUCGGAUAUGGCACUGGAAACAACUGGAGUAAAAAAAUAGAAAUAACACACACAAGACCCCUCAAAAUUCACUUCACCAGACUAAAACCAUGUUUUCACUUUAUGUUAAUAUCCAUCCUGGGUGAUUUGAUCACAAAUGGUCAGGUGAGGAACAUCAAUGUUUACAGCUGUUAGUAAUGCGUCUCAAAUGAGUCUCUUAUGAUUGGAUUUCAAAGGGAGGGUCUCUUAACACAGUUUAAAACCCAUGUUGUAGUGCAGUGGUUGAUUGACAGGUGAGUAGGCGCUUCACUGUUGCUACCAUAGAUGUGCAUAGGUAGAUUCCCCAUUCGACUGCACCAAGCACAUAGACGUGUCCGCUGUCUUUAACGGUCAACUUGAUGUCAUUUACCAUAAUAAUCGAUGGAAAUUCGAAGAUGCCACAAUCCUGCACAGCCGAGGUUUUAACUGCCGGGAUUGAAAUUCUUGAAGAAGCGGGAUAACCUUUCACAGGUGGUUUGUGUUUUUAAAUGUAUUAACUCAAUAUUACAAGUUUUGAAACAUUGGUAACUUAUGUUACUGUUAUGGUGAAUGACGUCAAGUUGACCCUUCGAAUAUGGCGGACGGCUUAAGCAUAGCGGCCCAUAGAAACAGUCGCUAAUGAGGCAUCUACGUAUACAUAUCUAUUGUUGCUACAAUAUCACUUCACACAUUCUGACUACAAAUGUGAUUUAAGUGAUCGGAUCACAACGUGUUUUGGAUCCAGUCCUGCACUUUAUGUAGUGUAGCACUGACCACUUGUGAAUGGAUCAUCUGAAACAGAUCUUAAUUCCAGGUAUAAACGAGGUCAAAGAAUCACUCCCAUGUUUCUCCAGCAAAGUCACCUUAACAUCCACAAGUAACUGAUUGUAUUGGAGCUCACAUGGGUCCAGAAACCAUUGGAUAAUUCAAUUUUAAAAAAGUCGUUUUUUAAGUUAUGG